AUGUGGCAGCUAACCUAUGCAUUGUGGCCGGAGUGUUUGCUAUCCUGAUCAAAUUGAUGGCUGGUGAGGUGGUCGACAGAGGUUUGGUCAGUAACGUCACUGCUAUCUUCGCUACCCUAGCAGUGCAUGCUGUGAGCUUCCUGGUAGAUCCGUGGCUGAUGUCUUCUCUACCGCUGGCAGUAUCAACAUCAAGCCUGAUCGCUAGUGGUAGCUUAAUGUACGCGCUGGUGGAUCGCCAAGUGAGAGAUGUAUACGGAGCGGAGCGCAUGGCAAGCUGUUUUGGCUUGAUGAGCUUCCUGACUAGUCCUGCAAAGUUGCUGGGAGGAUUUAUGCCCGGUUGGAUAUACGACGCUACGGGAAGUUACGACAACGCUUUCAUCAUUCUCGGUUUGACUGGGUUGGCGGCUGCUGUUCCUUUGGCGAUUAAGAUUCACUACCAUAAAGUGACGAGAUAAUCGUAGCAAGAACUUCGCCAUGUAUGAUUUAAGUCCGAUAGUUUUAUUUUCCAGAGUAAGUUGUUCGGUGUUGUUUUAGUGUCAUCAAUAUAUUUUAAGGGGUGUAUUGAAUAUUUUUGCAAGUGGCAAGUUGCCCCCUCCCCAGACUGGAUAUGCGCCACUUAAAUGAAAAUAGUUUGACCCACAAUCCGACCAAACUCACUGGGCCCCCACCUCCCUGCUCCUGGCCAGUGAUGUCCCUCAUUGCGCGGUCUGCGGUCUGCGCUCAAGCGCGAGAUGACAACGUUGAC